GUUCCCACGUCGGGGCGAGGAGCCCACGGGUGACCCCGGGCUGUGGGCACGGCCCCGUCAGUCUCCGCGCUGACUGACAUUUGCUUUACCCAGGUUCCCACGUCGGGGCGAGGAGCCCACGGGUGACCCCGGGCUGUGGGCACGGCCCCGUGGCCGGGGGCGAAGAUGCCGUACCUGGGCUCCGAGGACGUGGUGAAGGAGCUCAAGAAGGCUCUGUGCAACCCUCACGUCCAGGCCGACAGGCUGCGCUACCGGAAUGUCAUCCAGCGAGUGAUUAGGCACAUGACUCAGGGCUUGGACAUGUCUGGUGUUUUCAUGGAAAUGGUGAAGGCCAGUGCCACUGUAGAUAUUGUUCAGAAGAAGUUGGUUUAUCUGUACAUGUGCACAUAUGCCCCCCUUAAACCAGACCUGGCUCUCCUAGCCAUCAACACACUGUGCAAAGAUUGUUCAGACCCCAACCCGAUGGUGCGAGGGUUGGCGCUGCGGAGCAUGUGUAGCCUCAGGAUGCCGGGUGUGCAGGAGUAUAUCCAACAACCUAUUCUCAACGGUCUUCGGGAUAAGGCUUCCUACGUCAGGCGAGUAGCUGUCCUUGGUUGUGCCAAGAUGCAUAAUCUUCAUGAAGAUUCUGAAGUGGAUGGUGCCCUGGUAAAUGAAUUAUAUAGUUUGCUGCGUGACCAGGAUCCAAUUGUGGUUGUGAACUGCCUGAGGUCUCUAGAGGAAAUUCUGAAGCAGGAAGGAGGUGUUGUCAUCAAUAAGCCCAUCGCUCACCACCUGUUAAAUCGAAUGUCAAAAUUGGACCAAUGGGGCCAGGCUGAAGUCUUGAACUUUCUGCUCCGCUACCAACCCCGCAGCGACGAGGAACUAUUUGACAUUCUCAACCUGUUGGACAGCUUCCUCAAGAGCAGUAGCCCAGGUGUGGUGAUGGGGGCCACCAAACUCUUUCUGAUCUUGGCAAAAAAAUUCCCCCACGUACAAACUGACGUGCUAGUGCGAGUCAAGGGGGCUUUGCUGGCAGCCUGCUCUUCAGAGAGCCGUGAGCUCUGCUUUGCUGCCCUCUGUCACGUGCGGCAGAUCUUGCAUAGUUUGCCAGGUCACUUUAGCAGCCACUACAAAAAAUUUUUUUGCUCCUACUCGGAGCCCCACUACAUCAAGCUACAGAAGGUGGAAGUGCUCUGUGAGCUGGUGAAUGACGAGAACGUGCAGCAGGUGCUGGAAGAGCUUCGAGGCUACUGCACUGACGUUUCUGCUGACUUUGCACAGGCGGCCAUCUUUGCCAUAGGUGGUAUUGCCAGGACCUACACAGAGCAAUGUGUACAGAUUCUCACAGAGUUGCUAGGGCUUCGGCAAGAGCACAUUACCACAGUGGUGGUGCAAACUUUCCGAGACCUGGUUUGGUUGUGUCCUCAGUGUACAGAAGCUGUGUGUCAAGCCCUGCCUGGCUGUGAGGAGAACAUUGAAGACAGUGAGGGAAAACAGGCGCUUAUUUGGCUACUGGGUGUCCACGGGGAAAGAAUUCCCAAUGCUCCUUAUGUGUUGGAAGACUUUGUAGAGAACGUGAAGUCGGAGACUUUUCCGGCUGUCAAGAUGGAGCUCCUCACUGCGCUGUUGCGCCUGUUCCUCUCCCGGCCUGCCGAGUGCCAGGACACCCUGGGGCGGCUGCUGUAUUACUGCAUAGAGGAAGAAAAAGAUAUGGCUGUACGGGACAGAGGUCUCUUCUAUUAUCGCCUCCUCUUAGCUGGCGUUGAUGAAGUUAAGCGAGUCCUGUGUAGCCCUAAAUCUGACCCUUCUCUUGGACUUUUGGAGGACCAGGCGGAAAGGCCUGUGAAUAACUGGGCUUCAGACUUCAACACUCUGGUGCCAGUGUAUGGCAAAGCCCGCUGGGCAACCAUCUCUAAAUGCCCGGGGGCAGAGCGCUGUGGCCCGGAGCUUCUCAACACUGCAUCCUUUGCCACGUCAGGACCCCUGAUCCCAGAAGAGAACAAGGAGAAAGUACAAGAACUCCCUGAUUCUGCAGCCCUCAUGCUAGUCCCGGACCGCCAGCUUACUGCAGAACAUUUUGAGAAAACUUGGCUUAGCCUCGAAGUCGCUCACCAGCAGGUGUUCCCGUGGCAGGGAGCAGUCCACCGUGACACCCUCCAGAUGGCCCUGCAAGUGGUGAACAUCCAGACCAUCGCGAUGAGCAGGGCUGGGGCGCGGCCAUGGAAAGCCUACCUCAGCGCACAGGACGAUACCGGUUGUCUGUUCCUCACAGAGCUGCUGUCGGACCCUGAGCGCUUAGAAAUGCAGGUCUCCGUGAAACAAAGCGAGGCGAGGCCUGAGACACUCGACAGUUUUAUUUCUGUGUUAGAAACUGUGAUCGGAACAGUUGGAGACAUCAAAUCAUAGCAAGUUCUUG